AUGGAGAGCACCACGAGGUUGGCGCCCGGCCGCGGGGAUGGGUGCUGCGACCAGGACAGCCGAUGGGGCGGGACAAGGGGCAUGUGCUUCAGGCCAGAGGCCGUAGAGCCGAAUUGGUCGCACGUGGGCGCCGGCAACGGUGGCUACGAGAAGGUAGAGACAUACAACUACGUCGGCGAGGGCGCCGGCUCCUACGCCAAGGACGCCUUGGGCCAGCACGUCGUCUACGGGUGGCGGCUGCGGAGCUGCUGCCUCUUCCUCCUGUGCAGCGCCGUGCUGCUGGCGCUCUGCGUGGUCCUCGCCCCCUGGCUCGAGGCCCUCUGGACAGACGUGCUGCCGGGCCUGCUGCCAGGAGCAGGGCCAGAAGGCGACGGCAUCAUCAAUCCCGCCGCGGGCCAGAGCGGCAGCCUCACGGGGAACGCCACGCAGGGCCUCCAGGACGGCGUCGGAGGUGGCAGCACGGGUGUCUGCACCGCUGCCGGGAAGGACUGCAGCAGCACAAAGUGCUGCAUCAACCAGUCGAUGAGGUGCUUCGAGAAGAACCAGCACUGGGCGGGAUGCAGGGCGUCGUGCAGCCCAGGCAUAUUCCUGGAGGACCCGCCGCAGCACAGGACCCGCUGGAACUGCCUGCUUGUCGACAGCAAAGGCGCUCAGGGCCUCCUCGAUGGCCCUGGCAGCACGGCCACCUUGCCCGCGACCGCUCCGUCAUCGACUCCGUCGCCUUUCGAGCCGUGGCCGAAGGUGCUCGCGGAGGGCGAUGACUGCCUCCUCGACGGCAGCGCCGGCACGUGCGCCGCGGGGCUGACGUGCAGUCCCGGGCUGGGGAACCCGACGUGUAUGAGGGAUAUGAUUGCCUCGACUCCAGCGAGCGAGGCUGCCCCCGAUGCUCCGGUGGAGACCGCCACUACUCCCGACAAGGUGACCACGAAGACGACCGAGGACGUCACAGUAGGGGAGAAGACGCUGAUGUUGGAACAGACGAUUGGCAUUGUCGUCGGGAGCACUGUCACCAUCAGCAGCGCUGGGGUUUCAGAAAGCGGGACUAUUGCUGGACUGGAAGACGGAGUGAUUACUCUCGAGAACCCUUGGGCUAAUUCUUACCCGUCCGGCUCUGACAUCGUCAUUGUGCAGCAGGAGGACGACGCCGUGGAUGAUGAUUCUGGCAUCGAGCCUGGCUUCCAGAAGUCCAAUCACUUCACCACGGUGAGGGGCGCGAUCCCAGCAGGGGUGACCGAGCUCCCAGUCUUGACGUACAGGGGGUUCGCCGUCGGCGACAGCAUCCUCAUUGAAAACCUCGGCGCGCCCCCUGGCGAGCAGAAGGAGAUCACCGCCGUGAGCAAAACGGCGGAUGAACCCAAGCUCGUUGUUCGCACGCCCACCGGGCAGGCCUACGCUGGAGAGGCGAGAGUCACGCUGCUGGGGUCGCAGGCGAUGCCGGAGCUCGCACAAGACAGGGCGAUGGCAUUCGAAGAUGGGCUCGACCUCCCAACGUCCCCCACUGAGGACGCCGAGGCGGGCAUGAUGCCGAUGGCGAUGGCAUUCGAAGAUGGGCUCGACGCUCCCGCGUCCCCCAAGGAGGACACUGAGGCGAUGCCGACGGCGCCAGCGACGCGAGCAGGGAAAGGAAGACGCCACGGUGAGCUUCCGAAAGACAGCCCUGAAGACUUCCCGGAGCCACCGGAUGACGGAAAGAAGUUCGACUGCGCGCAGGGCUUCGAGAAUUGGGACGCGGGCUGGGCCGACGACAAGAAGUACUACUGUUGCAAGUACUACGGCCGUGGAUGCCCCCCCGUAGAAACUACGACGCCCAAGCACGACUGCGCGGCCGACUUCGAAGACUGGGAGACCAAGUGGAACAGCGACAAGCAGUACUAUUGCUGCAAGUAUUAUGGCCGUGCCUGCCCGGACGCACCAUCCGUCUGCGACACAAAGUGCGAGCACCAGGGCGCCACCCUGACCUGCAGCGAGCGCGUCCAGUACGCCGCCACGCACCAGUUCCGCGGUCAGCCCGAGGCCUGCCCCCAGGCCCACGAGCAGGUGCUCGAGGAGUGCCGUGUCUGCGAGGAGUGCCCCCUGGAGGAGACGGGCUGCGAGAAAAAGCAGGGCGAGUUCCCCUACGACUGCGACCGGGACUUCGAGACGUGGCAGGAGUCCUGGUCUCCCGGCGAGCAGCGAUGGUGCUGCGACAACUUUGGAAAAGGGUGCCCAGGCCCCACAUCCGCCGAGCAUCUGCCAGCGUGCGCCACAGACUGCGUCCACGACGACGGCACCACGAAGACGUGCGGCGAGUGGAUCCAGGCCGUGGCCGCCGAGGACUUCCAGGGCCGUGCGGGGUCGUGCGAGAGCGCCCUCGACCAGGUCCUGAAGGACUGCCCGGUGUGCACCGUCUGCAGCCUCGAGGCGUCGGGGUGCGCGGACGCCCCGCUGGGCGGCGGCGGGCCGCCCGCCCCGCCCGACGGCGCCGCGGCCGAGGCUGCGCCAGGCUCGCCCGCCGUGCCCGACGCCGAAGCCGAGGCCGCGCUGGGCCAGGGCGUCGCCUCGGAGGCUGGCACCGUGAGCGGCUCUGGGCCGGGCGGGAGCGCCGCCGCUGUCGAGAGUCAGGACGUGGUCCUGCUGCUGCAGGGCAGCGACGGCGCCAACCUCUCCGCCCAGCUCGACCUCGCGAGCUUCCUGCUGGCCAACUCCAGCGAGCAGGUGCGCUACGGGAUCAUAGCCUACGGCGCCAGCUCUCAGGUGCUGGCCGGCCUGCAGGACGGCAGGGCCGAGGCCGCCGCGGCGCUGGCCGCCGCCGCCGCGCCCGGCGGGGACCCGGACCUCGCGCAGGGCAUCGUGGCCGCGGACAGGAUGCUGGCGAGCCAGAGCACCGGGAGCCGCAAGCAGGUGUUGCUGGUGCUGUCGGACGGCGUGCCGACCACCUUCAGCCGCGCCCGCACCGCCCUCCACGAGCUGGAGCAGACGGGGGUACGCCCCGUGCUAGGCCUGGCCGACGGCUACCACGGCGACUCACGCCAGCGCGCGUGCCGGCUCGUGGGCGAGCCCUGCGCGGCGUACGUCGAGGCGGUCAGCGGGUGGUCCUACAUGGCCUCGGACCCGCGCAG